GGCGGUAGGUUGUGAUGAAUUGUAGGAUAAAAAAGCAGUGAAAUAAAGAAAAUAAAUACAAAGAAAAGCUCUCCGUCUUCCUUACUUUUGAUCCGUUUCCUGUCUUCUGACUCAACCUUCCUUUUCUUUCUUUUUAAGACAAAGUAAGCCAUCAUCUCUCUUCAUUAUUCUUUCAAGCUAUUAGAUAAGGACAAUAAUAUCUCUUCUUUUCUCUCUGAUUUGUUGCUAAUUUUUGCUAGUCUUCCCCUUCUCUCUUUGUCUGUCUUUCACUCAAAUUUAUGUUGAUUGAGUGAGAGUUUUCGAGGAGAGAUGAGGAGUUUUGUUUACUUUUUAUCUAUUUUUUCUUUACUGUAAAACUCUGUCGUCAUCUUUCUUUUUCUGCUUCUUCUGAGUUGUAAGUGCAUAGAGCUGGGGAGACUUGGGUGAAGAUCGUCUCCUGGAUAAAUAAUUUCUGGGUUUUGGUGGGUUUCUAAUUUUGGAAAAUCUUUUGUGGUAAAAAUGUUUUCUUGCGAGUGCUUCUACUGGAACCGACUCACUGAGUUUGAGUACAAUUCGCCCGAGCCACAACCUUUCUCUUUGCCUUCUCCACUUCCGAAGUGGCCACAAGGCCAAGGUUUUGCUACCGGAAGAAUACACUUAGGAGAACUAGAAGUUUUCCAAGUUACUGAGUUUGAGAGCAUUUGGAGCUGCAAUCUAUUGCAUGGAAAAGCAAAAGGUGCCACAUUUUAUAAGCCCGUAGGAAUCCCAGACGGCUUUUACUGUCUUGGUCACUAUUGCCAGUCCAAUAAUCAGCCUUUGAGAGGGUCUCUUCUUGUGGCUCGUGAUGCUACUGCCUCUGAGACACAAGCUGGUAAUUUGGAUGAUUCACUACUAGAUCUUCCAGCUCUCAGAAAGCCUGUUAACUACUCAUUAAUUUGGAGGACAGAUCCACACUAUGAUCAUAGUGGUUACUUUUGGCUACCAAAUCCGCCAGUUGGUUAUAAGGCUAUGGGCAUUGUGGUUACCAUUACACCAGAGGAGCCUGAACCUGAGGAAGUUAGGUGUGUCAGAGAGGAUCUUACGGACAUUUGUGAAACUUGUGAUGUGAUAAUUAGUAUGGAUUCAAAUCAUUCCAAGUUCCCAUUUCAGGUCUGGAGCCAUAGACCCUGCAUAAGAGGAAUGUUUGCAAGGGGCGUUUCUGUUGGGACAUUCUAUUGUGGUACCUACUUAGAGUCUGAAGAACAGCUAGAUAUUGUUUGUUUGAAGAAUCUUGACCCCACGCUGCAUGCAAUGCCAAAUUUGAACCAGAUUCAUGCACUUAUCAAUCACUAUGGACCAACAGUGUUCUUUCAUCCUGAUGAGGAGUAUAUGCCAUCAUCAGUGCCGUGGUUUUUCAAAAAUGGAGCACUCUUAUACCAAGAUGGGAAGAAGAAAGGUGAACCAAUUGAUUAUAGAGGCUUAAACUUGCCUUGUGGUGGGGAAAAUGAUGGUGCAUUCUGGAUAGAUUUACCAGAAGAGGAUGAAGCAAGAAAUUAUCUCAAGAAGGGAAACUUGGAGACUGCAGAACUUUAUGUUCAUGUCAAACCAAUCUUAGGAGGAACAUUUACUGAUAUAGUGAUGUGGGUAUUUUGUCCCUUCAAUGGACCGGCCACCUUCAAAAUUGGGUUAAUGAGUAUUGAAAUGACCAAGAUAGGAGAACAUGUGAGUGAUUGGGAGCACUUCACCCUACGCAUAAACAACUUCACAGGAGAACUGUGGAAAGUUUACUUUUCAGAGCACAGUGGCGGUGGAUGGGUGCAUGCUUUUAACUUAGAGUUUAUUGAAGGGAAUAAACCAAUUGUGUAUUCUUCUAAGCAUGGUCAUGCCAGUUUUCCACAUCCAGGAACAUACCUUCAAGGGUCAUCAAAGUUAGGGAUAGGAGUGAGGAAUGAUUGUGCUCCAAGUAAAUUUUCAGUGGAUUCAAGUGCCAAGUAUCAGAUUAUUGCAGCUGAGUAUCUUGGAGAUGGAGCUAUAACUGAACCAUGCUGGUUACAGUAUAUGAGAGAGUGGGGUCCAACUAUUGUAUACGACUCACGAUCGGAGCUGGAUAAGAUAAUCAAUCUUCUUCCAUUUUUUGUUCGAUUUUCGGUCGAAAAUCUCUUUGACUUGUUUCCUACGGAGCUUUACGGUGAGGAAGGACCGACUGGACCGAAAGAGAAGGACAAUUGGUUGGGUGAUGAAAGAUGGUAGGUUCAUGGUGCAUACAAUAUAAGCUCAUAGAUGAGGGCCUGUGCGAGUAAUAUGCAGAGUGUGAUAAAAGAGCUCUCUCCCACGAUUUGUCAAAUACAGUUUGAAUCAUGUCUGGUUGUAGAAGAUUUGUUGGGUCUGCAGUGCUUCAUGUGAUUCUGCACGUAAAAGAUCGAUCAAGUAAUAUGCAGUGUGAUUUUUCACAUAAAUCCUUGAAAUUAGUGUAUAACAAAACUAUGCGUAUACACUUUUGGUAUACAAUUUAAGUGCAUCAUAUGAUUAUAUGAUUUUAAAUUGAA